AUGGACCGUAUACACAGUCCGAAAAGGCGCAGACUUGCCGGAGACUUUCAUUCUUCUCAGACCGAGGCGAAUGAAGACCUAGGACCCUCACUGAAACCUCAACAUCCCCCAAAGUCCCGCUUCUCUAGACCCCCCGACCGAAACCGCAGUCGAGCACCCGUUCCAAAGCCCCAUCAACAAGAGUUCGAUGGGCCCGAGCCGUUUUUCAACGAUGAAGAUACUGCGGCAUUGGAUCGCGAUUGGUAUGGAGGAGAUGAGUUCGGCCAUGCAUUCGGCGAUGAGAGUCAUAAUCCCUUUGGAGGCGCAGACGUGUCAUGGGCCGAUAGGCAACGUGAACAAGCGCUGGUCGACAAGAAACUCGGGAAACGGCUGACUGCCAAAGCGGCCCAGAAACAAAAGGAAGUGGACGCCUGGGAGGCGAACCGCAUGGUGACAUCUGGUGUCGCGCAGAGACGCGAUCAAGGACAGGACUUUGACGAUGAAGAAUCGGUCCGGGUACACUUGUUGGUGCACGAGUUGAAGCCCCCCUUUUUAGAUGGGAAGACUGUCUUCACGAAACAACUGGACCCCGUGCCCGCGGUUCGGGAUGCGCAGAGCGAUAUGGCGGUCUUCGCCCGGAAAGGCAGUAAAGUGGUACGCGAGCGGAGACAGCAAAAGGAACGCCAGAAACAGGCACAGGAGGCCACAAAUGUUGCCGGAACCGCCCUAGGCAACAUCAUGGGCGUCAAGGAGGAUGAAGGGGACAGUGCCGCAGCGAUGCCGGGGGAGGAGACCGGCAGAAGCAAAUUUGCUACUCAUCUGAAGAAGAACGCCGGUACCUCGGCGUUCAGCAGAAGCAAGACGCUGAAGGAGCAGAGAGAAUACCUGCCUGCAUUUGCAGUACGAGAAGAGCUCAUGCGUGUCAUCCGGGAUAAUCAAGUGAUCAUCGUGGUCGGGCAGACCGGGUCGGGAAAAACGACGCAGUUGACUCAAUUUCUCUAUGAGGAAGGCUAUGCUAAGCAAGGCUUGAUCGGCUGCACUCAGCCUCGAAGAGUCGCCGCAAUGAGCGUUGCAAAGCGUGUCAGUGAGGAGAUGGAAGUGGAACUGGGCGGUCUUGUCGGCUACGCGAUUCGUUUUGAGGACUGUACCAGUGACGAGACGGCAAUCAAAUAUAUGACAGAUGGCGUAUUGCUCAGAGAAUCCCUGACACAACGAGACCUCGACAAAUAUUCCUGUCUCAUUAUGGAUGAAGCGCACGAACGGGCUCUGAACACAGACGUUCUCAUGGGGUUGAUCAAAAAGGUCCUUGCUCGCCGGAGAGACCUUAAACUGAUCGUCACGUCUGCCACCAUGAACUCCGAACGGUUUUCUCGUUUUUAUGGAGGAGCGCCAGAGUUCAUCAUCCCGGGCCGCACGUUCCCUGUUGACAUUCAGUUCUCACGCUCACCUUGUGAAGAUUACGUUGACAGUGCGGUCAAGCAAGUCCUGGCCAUCCAUGUCUCGCAGGGACAGGGGGAUAUUCUUGUCUUCAUGACAGGCCAAGAAGACAUUGAAGUCACCUGUGAACUCGUCGAAGAGAGACUGCGUUUGCUGGUGGAUCCCCCGAAAUUGAUGGUACUGCCCAUCUAUUCCCAGAUGCCUGCAGAUCUCCAGGCUAAGAUAUUCGACCCGGCACCUCCUGGCGUCCGUAAAGUCGUUGUCGCAACCAACAUUGCUGAAACUUCUUUGACUGUGGACGGGAUCAUGUUUGUCGUGGAUGCUGGAUACUCGAAAUUGAAGGUCUACAACCCUCGAAUGGGCAUGGAUACGCUUCAAAUCACGCCAAUCUCCCAGGCCAAUGCCUCCCAGAGAGCCGGCCGAGCGGGUCGCACAGGGCCGGGCAAGGCCUUCCACCUCUACACGGAGUCGGCCUUCAAGAACGAGUUGUAUAUUCAGACCAUUCCCGAAAUUCAACGCACCAACUUGGCGAAUACCGUCCUCCUGCUUAAGUCACUGGGUGUGAAAGAUUUGUUGGACUUUGACUUUAUGGAUCCUCCACCCCAGGACACGAUUACCACCUCACUUUUCGACCUCUGGGCUUUGGGCGCAUUGGACCAUAUUGGUGAUUUGACUACGAUUGGCCGAGCCAUGACAGCAUUCCCCAUGGACCCAUCUCUUGCCAAGAUGCUGAUCACUUCUUCGACGGAGUAUGCCUGCAGCGAGGAAAUGCUGACCAUCGUGAGCAUGCUUUCGGUGCCAUCGGUCUUCUACCGGCCCAAGGAGAGGCAAGAGGAGGCGGAUGCCGCAAGAGAGAAGUUCUUCGUGCACGAGUCGGACCAUCUCACAUUGCUGAACGUCUACAUUCAAUGGAAAAGCAAUGGAUUUAGUGAUGCGUGGUGUAUACGACACUUCCUGCACCCGAAAGCCCUGCGGCGGGCGAAGGAGAUUCGAGAGCAAUUGCACGACAUCAUGGUCGGUCAACAAAAGAUGGAGCUGGUAUCGUGUGGCACGGAUUGGGAUGUGAUACGAAAGUGCAUCUGCUCAGGUUACUACCAUCAAGCCGCUCGCCGCAAGGGUGUAGGGGAGUACAUCAACUUGCGGACCAGCGUGACUGUUCAGCUCCACCCUACAUCCGCACUCUAUGGGCUUGGGGAUCCGCCCGACUAUGUUGUCUACCAUGAAUUGAUUCUGACAAGCAGAGAAUACAUGAGCUGUGUGACUGCAGUCGACCCUCACUGGCUAGCCGAUCUUGGAGGGGUGUUUUAUAGCUUGAAGUCCAAGGAGUACAGUGGAAGAGAGAAGCGGAUUAUCGAGAGCGAGUUCAAUCGCAAAAUGGAGAUAGAGAAACAGAUGGCAGAGGAUCGCGCCAGAGAGGAGAAGCGGCGUCAAGAAGAGGAGGAGAAAGAGCGGCUACUCGCUGGCAGGGUGAAGAGCAGUAGCGUAGUAGUCAAGAAGAUGGGAAGCCAUGGGGUGGUCAAGAAACCGGUGGCUCCACGGCGACGCAUGGGGUUCUGA